AAAAAAACAUUCCACGUCCUCGAUUCUCUUUUCGCCUUUUACACAAACACCAAAACCAUUUCUGACCACCACCCCAUCCGUCAACAUGGCCGCCGAAGCCGAAUACUGGACGUUUCCAACUGACAAGGAGCUGUUUGAUCAGGACGAGCGCAUCUCGUUUUCGAAGCUGGACAACAAGUACAUUGCCGUUCAGGACGACGGCACCGAAUACGAGUUUGACGAGGGCCUGAGGCGCUGGAUCCCUAUCAUCGACGAGGCGCUUAUUGAGCAGCAGCAGAGGGGAUACAUGGUGCCCGGGGUGGAUGAUGAUGAUGGGUCGGCGCAGGGUGUGAAGAGGAAGAUGGGGUAUGGGGAUGAUAGAGAGGAUUCCUCACAGAAUGGCACCUCAACAAAAAGCAAAAAGAAGCAACGCCCGCCCCCGCAACCAAGGCAAAACACGGCCGUGUACGUCACUGGUCUUCCGUCGGACGCGACAGUCGAAGAAGUGGCCGAGUUGUUUUCGCGAAAGUGCGGGGUUAUUGCCGAGGAGAUUGACUCGGGGAGGCCGAGAAUCAAGAUGUACACGGACGGGGAGGGAAAGUUUAAGGGGGACGCGCUGGUGGUUUUUUUCAAGCCGCAGAGCGUGGAGAUGGCGAUUAUGUUGCUGGAUGACACGGAUUUUCGAUUUGGAGAGGGGGGGACGAAAAUGAGGGUUCAGGCGGCGGAUAUGAGUUAUAAGAGGGUGAAGUAUGAUGAGGAAAAGGGGGAUGGGGAGGGGGGUAAUGGGGGGGGAGGGGGGGUGAAACAGGAGGGGGGUAAUAACAACAACAAGAAGGCCAGUCAGGAUAAGCAAAAGAUUAUUAGAAAGACGCAGAAGUUAUCGGCCAAGUUGGCGGAUUGGUCGGAUGAGGAGGAGGAAAAGGUGGGUGGGGGAGGGGGGAAGUGGGACAAGGUUGUCAUUUUGAGGCACAUGUUUACGCUGGAGGAGCUGGAGGAGGAUCCAGCUGCGCUGUUGGACAUCAAGGAUGAUAUCAGGGAGGAGUGUGAGAUGUUGGGGAAGGUGAACAAUGUUAUUUUGUAUGAUCAGGAGGAGGAGGGGAUUGUGAUGGUCAAGUUUGGGAGUCGGGAGGCGGCGGAGAAGUGUCUGAGCAAGAUGCACGGGAGGAAGUUUGAUGGGAGGACAGUGGAGGCGUUUUUUGCGACAGGGAGGGAGAGAUUUAGGAAGAGUAGGGAUGCUGGGGGGGAGGAGGGGGAGGAGAGUGAGUAGGGGUGGUUGGUUUGGGUAGGUGUAAGUGUUUUUGACCUUAGGGGCUAAUCGACAGUAAUUCCAAGAAAGAUUCUUCUUGUCUAGUGGGGGCAGUGUUUAGGAAGAACUGGAAGACAUGUCAUUUGUUUCUGUCUGAAUAUGGAAGAGUCUCAUAUGGUAAGCUAUCUAGACAUGAUAAGGCUGGUUUUUGCAAAUAAAUCUUUUCUUUGUCUUCAUCUCGCCGUGAGAGCAGAACAGGCAGCGGGGG